GGUGUGUAGCCCGUGUGUGUGUAGCCUGUACUGUAUGCGAGAGCGACUGAGCGCAGUGUUUGUGCGGACUCGAGGCGCAAAUAGAGAGAGAGACACUUGGAACCGUGACAGAAAAAUAAAUGGGGAUCCAACAGAUCUGAAGACACGGAGUCCUCAUCUCAUCAUCAGCGUCCAUCCAGCCGCGCGUCUCUGCGACAGAAGCCCGUCUCCUUCAGACCUGCUGCGGUGGACCCACGAUUCAUUUAUAUGCUCCAGCAUCUUGACAGAGACUGAUUUUUACAUUGGCGAUGAUCGUCCACACAUAGGCUGCUGCUCGAGCUGAAGGACUGCAGUGGAGGACGGGUUUCCCAGGGAUACGUUUGGAUUUUUUUUCUUAGCGUAGUAAGGACUCCAUCAGCAUCACUUGUGUACGAGGACCGCUGAAAAUGGCCGUGUUUUAUUCUUGACACCUCAACACGGCGGAGAUCAGAGUCUCUUCAGGUAUUUUCUCGAUCAGAGUUUCAGCAUUAUCCGGCUAUGAUGUAGACGCUCACGGCAAUACGCUCAUCAUCAGUGUUCCUUAUUGAGUAUUAAUUAGGAUCAACCCAGGGCCUUCUUCUGAUUUCUGUCAUCAAAAUGCCGGCUGGAAUGAAGCCUCUUGAAAAAUUCUUGAAGAAGCAGACCAAUGCACUCACUCGGGCGGGUGGUUUUGGGGAGAAGGCCACCGGCACCGGGGCAUCCAGACGGCGGGCAAGCCUGUCCCGUGUGGUGCCCUUCUUCAGGGAGACGUCUCCCGAGAGCGGCCCGGCGAGGGAAGUGUUCAGCCCGGAGACCGAAGAAGCGCCGUGCUGGCCCUCCGCCACUGCGGACAUCAGGAGCCCGUCGCUGUCCAGCGAUGAGCAAAGCUCGGAGGCGAGUCUGGACACGAACUGGACCCCUCUGCCCGCGGACACUCCAGAGAACCUAGCGCUGGCGCUGCUGGACAGUGUGGCGGGAAAGCGGUACGCCAACUGCACAGAAAUACUCCUGGAUGACUUCAUGCUAACACACCCAAUCUUCUUGGCUCCAGACAAGUUCCAGCAGGUCUUGCUUCAGCAAUUCAGUUCAGAGGGUAAGCAGGGUGAGGGUUGGCCCGGAUGGGAUGGAGCAGAGCGGAAACUUGCAGUUCUAACUGUGGCUUUCCGCUAUCUGGACACAUACAGAGACUUGCUGCAGGAGGAGGGCGAUCGCUCCAACACCUUUCCAAAGGAGCUGUAUUUGUGUGCGGUUGACGAGCUCAACCGCUUUCCUGAACUGGUGGAAGACGUGCUGAAACUGCAGCGCUGGACUGAGAUAUUACACAGCCCAGCCGAGGAGGACAAGGAAAGUCGUAGGAAGCAAGUUCGCCCACUCUUCCGACACUUCAGACGUAUCGACGCCUGCCUGCAGCCCCGAGAGGCUUUCCGUGGCUCAGACGAGAUCUUCUGCAGGGUUUACACGCCAGAUCAUUCAUACGUGACCAUACGAAGCCGUCUUUCAUGCCGGGUUGGGGAGAUCUUGGCUCUGGUGAAGGAGAAGCUCCAGUACAGCGAGGACCAGCCCACCCAACCUGCCAACCUCAUACUGGUUGCUGUCACCUCAUCAGGGGAGAAGGCUGUGUUCCGUCCGAGCGACGAGGCCGUUUUCACCACUCUCGGUGUGAACACCCACCUGUUCGCCUGUGAGCCGGCGGAGCUCGAGAGCCUGAUCCCUUUGCCUGAGGAGAUCCACUGGACACCAGGAGACAGUAAACUGCAUGACAUGAGCGCGGAGGAAGUGGCCAAUCAGCUGGUAGUGUUCGACUGGGAGCUCUUCAGCUGCGUGCAUGAGGUGGAGUUUGUGUGUUACGUGUUUCACGGUGAGCAGGCUCGCUGGCGCCCCCUAAACCUGGAGCUGAUCCUGCAGCGCUGCAGUGAAGUCCAGCACUGGGUGGCCACCGAGAUCCUGCAGUGCCAGUCACUGCCCAAGAGGAUACAACUGCUGCGCAAAUUCAUCAAGAUCGCAGCCUUAUGUAAGCAGCAGCAGGAUCUGCUGUCGUUUCUGGCUCUGGUUCUGGGUCUGGAUAACCCUGCCGUGAGCCGCCUGCGUCUGACCUGGGAAGGUUUGCCAGGAAAGUUCCGGAAGCAGUUUCAGCAGUUUGAGAGCAUUGCGGACCCUUCAAGGAACCACAAAUCAUACCGAGACCUUCUAGCAAGUCUGAGAGCCCCACUCAUACCCUUCACCCCACUACUGCUCAAGGAUCUGACCUUCCUUCAUGAGAGCUGUAAGACUUUCCAUGGGGAGCUGGUUAAUUUUGAGAAGAUGCACAAAGUGGCAGAGAUGGUGCGCAGCAUCAGGCGGUAUCGGAGCUCUCAGUUAGCUAUGGAGGCCGAGCCGUCCCCUUCGCACCUCCAGACGAAAGCGUACGUCCGGCAGCUGCAGGUCAUCGACAAUCAGAACCUGCUUUUUGAGAUGUCCAGCAAACUGGAGCCAAAAGACAUGUGAAGGGACCUACAAGCCAUAUCUAGAAAACCUCCAAACACAGACACUUCAUUCUCCAUCGUCACGGAUCAAGCCAGCUGGGCUGUCAAUCAUCUCAGGCUCCGCCUCCGCAUCACAGAUUGACGAAUCGUGUCCAUGAAUUGUGCUUUGAGUGAGAUUCUGUGUCAGUGUUGAUUAUGAGCAUUCAUUAUUCGCCAUAUCUGGAUUCGUUUUUCAGACUAUUUUUCUGCUGAAGGGAAACCUGUCCUGAUUGCACUGCCAUCAGUCGAACUGAACCAAACUGGAAUAAGCUUAUUCAUAUUAUGUUCAACCAGUCAUCCGGGCCUUCAGAAACACUGCACUUUUCCAAUAGUUUUUUUUUAUUUUGUCCAUUCUUAAAUACAUGAGACAAUCUGACCUGUGGUCUUCCCUCGUCCCCUGCCAACACUGGCACUUACUGCACCCCUGUGCAAACUGGCCUGCAGUCAUUCAAUGUUUGUGUUCUGAACAAUAUGGAUCCCCAGCCAUCAAAAGACGCCCAAUCCAAGACCAGCUCCACUAACCUGAAGACAGAGGACAUCGGUGAAUGUAGCUACUGAGCAAACCACUUCAUGUCAGCAUUCAUCAUGAAAACCAAACAGCCCAUAUACAGUGCUCAGCAUAGAGUACAGCCCAUUUUGAAAAUGAAUAUUUUUCUCCAUUUCUCAGUAAAUAUAGGUAAUGUAUUUUGGUGCAUUUAAACAAAACAGAUUUAUUAAACAGAUAUAUUUAUUAAAAUAAUAUUUUAGUCACCAAACAUAUUUCAAAAUUGAAAGAUAAUACAAUUAAAUUCAAGCAAAUAUUACAAAAAAUGAAUUACGACCUACAAAAUUUCAACUAAAUUUUUCAUUUUUUUUUUUAUUUGAUUUUUAAAAAAAUUUUUAGUUAAUAUUUUUCUAUAACAUAAAAUUUGGGUGUACUAGUAUUUGGACUGUUACCAUAAGUAAUUUUGUUGUAUAAGCUCCAGCUUUGGCUUCAGUACUGACUAAUCUAAUGUAUAUGCACAAAUAUAAUAGUAUAGCUAUUAUAAGUAUAGCUUCCUAUUAAAAAUAUGAAUGUAAAAGAGAGAUUUGUCAGGGGUGUACUCAUGUAUGCCGAGCACUGUGUGUGACAAUAUUAUUUAUAAAUCACAAAGCAAAGGAACUGUUUAAAAAGCGAAGCCAAAAAUGAUUUAAAUGUGAAAACUGAAAGUAUAAUAAUAAUUUAUUCAUUAAUCUAUCUAUCUUCUUAUUUAAUGUUAGAUAUUUGUACAAAAAAUAGAUACACAAUGUAAUAUUUUGAUAUUUCUAAUUUGAAUUACUGGGAGGGGGAAAAUAUACACAAACAUAUCUAAGGUUAUCCUGUUAAACUGAAUCUCCUGAUAUGAAUAUUUGAAGGUUAUGUAAUCUGUAGAAACAAAAGUGAUGCAUUUAUAUAGACAUUUUUUUUAAAAACUCGAAAUCCCAAUUAGGAAUAAUAAUAAAUUUGAUUUCUAUCUUUUUAAGGAUGUUAGAUAUAUGUGUUGGAGUCUAAACAAAAUCAUAUAGUACUUUUAUUCCCCAUAACAAGUCUUCAUAUUCCCAAUUAAUUGUCAUACUGGAGUAAAAACAAAAUGAAGCAUAUUUGUAUGCAUUUGUACUGGAGAGAAAACAAUAUAAAACGUUAAUAUAGAUGUAUUGACUGACAAGUCUUACUAUCCUAACAUUCCUAAUUUUAAUUACUUUUUUGUGGAUGUUUAAAUAUUUGUAAUAAAAAUAGACAAAAAUUACUUACUCUUAGGGGGCAGCGGGGACAAAGUAACAUGGGACGAAUGUAACAAAGCGAUUUUCUCAAAGCCCUGACAGCUUUUUUGCGGGGAUUUGAAAUUACAGGAGUUUUCUGAUGAAGUUUUCCGGUGUAGAAGACAUUUAACGUUCUCUGCUCUUCUAAAGGUUAGCAACAGACCAAAAAAGCGGUAACACUAUUUUGAUGGUCCAUUUGAGUAUUAGUAGACUGUCUGCUUAAUAUCUGCUGAUACUGCUCCUUCAACAGACAUUUAACUGACUAUAAGAAACUUUGCAAGUAUGUGUCAAUUUACACUAACCCUAACCUAACAGUCUACUCAUAAUCUAAUGAGAAUUAGUUGGCGUGUAAAUGCAAUGUAACAAGCGGACCAUCAAAAUAAAGUGACCAAAAAAACUGACCAAAUGCAGUAUUUGAACUUAUUUUCAGACAGAAGCACCCAAAUUAGUUAAACAUUUUACUUUGCUCUUGUGUCGAAUGCUAAAAUGAACACUCUGAAGUGUACAAGUGUUGAUUUCUCCUAAAAGCUGAAAGUCAAAGUGAUCUCUGUACGCGAUGCUGGUCUUGGAUUGGACUCUCUCAGGAUCUCCUCCUGAGGUCACACACGGGACGGCCUGUAAGGCUGCGCUGUACAUACCACAUGUAAAUAGCAAAAAUAAAUAUGAAUAUGACUCUAUUUUAUGUAAGAGCUAUGAGAUGGACUCUCAAGAAGAAUAUUUGUUUUGUAAAUCUGAGACAAACAAAAAAAAGUAUGUGUACAGUUUAAAAGGCGACGAGCCCGGACAGAGUCUGCGGUUUGCCAUGAAAGAAUUGUAUAGCAUAUUCGCUGGUUUCGUUGUUUCGGUUUGAUAUUAUUAUUUCUUAUCCAUUACAGAUGACUUGUACAUAUCCUCUGUUUUGGUCGCAUACGUUUCUUUUGCGUUGUCUGUCUGCGAUGGAUGGAUUUGUACAGCAUGUCGGUGGUUUAGUUGGAUUUUUUGCUGUUUUUAUUUGGUCAAAGGUUCUCAUUGGUUUUUUUAGUUGAUCUUUUUUGAAGCGGGUAUUCUCUUGUUGUUUUUGGUUUUGUACAGAAGUCCGUGUUUACAGUGCGAUUCUCUGAAACUCAGACGUGUCCAGUGAAAGGCACGGAGGGCGGGGCGUGUAAUGCUGCCGCGCCGCCCACUUUUCUUGACGCGAGUCAAAGAUGCAUCUAAAAUAAAGCCUCUUGUGAUGAGCACUCGA